GGAGUUUAUCCUAGUACAACUUCGAGCAGUUCAAAGAACCACUCGCUGGCGCACCCAGGUUGCGGCACGCGUCUCCAGGGUCGGUGGCCACCCCAAACUUUUUGCCGCAGCACUUCACCCCCAUCCCUGGAUCCACCUCACGGCCACGUGGCCAGCGCGCUUUCCUUCCUCCCUACUGCUCCCAACCGCGUCGGCAUUCUGCUGCUGUGUCCCAGGUACGAGACCGCGGCCGUCCGGUUUCGAGGCUGGCGGCACCCAGGGCCAGCGCCGUUAACUCGUAAACCGCAACCGGCCAACCAGCGUGCGCGCCGCGUCGGGUAUAAAGCUUGGCUCCAGCCCAGCUGCUCGCAAGAAUCCAUCCUACUCCGUUCUGUCCUGUCCUGUUCAAUCUUCUACUCCGAGUAACGCCCCCGUCUUCAAGCUCGAUCGAUGGUGUCCGUCUGCCCCAUGGCGAGCGCUCGAUCGCGUUUCAUCCUCCUGCUCGUCUUCCUCGCCGCUGCCUCGUCCCCGGCCUCGGCGUGCGACCGGUGCGUGCGCCGGUCCACGGCGGCGUACCGCGCCUCCUCGCCCGCCCUCGACAAUGCCGGCUCCUGCGGGUACGGCUCCCUGGCGGCGACCUUCAACGGCGGGCUCCUCGCCGCCGCGAGCCCCGCGCUGUACAGGGGGGGCGUCGGCUGCGGCGCGUGCUACCAGGUCCGGUGCACGGACGCCGCGCUCUGCAGCGCCUCGGGCGCCACGGUGGUCGUGACGGACCAGGCGCGCGGCACGGCCACGAACCGCACCGACCUCGUGCUGGGCAGCGCGGCGUACGCGGCCAUGGCCUUGGGCGGCGGGGGCACGGCCGCCGCGCGGCGGCUGAGGGAGCGCCGCGCCGUGAGCGUGGAGUACAAGCGGGUGCCCUGCGAGUACGCGCGCCGCCGCAACCUGUCGGUGCGCGUGGAGGAGCGCGCGCCGCCGGGCGGCCUGACGAUCCGGUUCCUGUACCAGGGCGGGCAGACGGACAUCGUGGCGGUGGACGUGGCGGCGGCCGGGUCGUCGAGCUGGCGGUCCAUGACGCGGGAGCGCGGCGGGCCGGCGUGGAGCACGGGCCAGGCGCCCGCGGGGCCGCUGCAGCUCCGGAUGGUGGUCACCGGCGGGUACGACGGGAAGUGGGUGUGGGCCGAAGGGGAGGUCCUCCCGCGGCGGUGGGCCGCCGGCCGGGUGUACGACACCGGGGUGCAGAUCGCCGACGUCGCGCUGGAGGGGUGCUCCCCCUGCGACGCCCGAGAGUGGAAGUGACGCCGCGAUACACGAAUCAACCUUGUACAGUAGAGUCUUUUGCUUUUUGAUCUUACCACUCGUGCUAAUCCCCUCCCUCCUUUCUUCUUGGAUAACGAUUAACGAAGCGGAAUGAAUCGGGUGGAAGAGUCAGACGUGCGGGUGA